AGUAUUAAAAUAAAAAUGGCAAGAACAAAACAGACCGCUCGUAAAUCUACGGGAGGAAAAGCCCCCAGAAAACAGCUCGCCACUAAGGCCGCGAGAAAAAGCGCACCGGCGACCGGCGGCGUCAAGAAACCCCAUCGUUACAGGCCCGGAACCGUCGCUCUCCGAGAGAUCCGUCGUUAUCAGAAGAGCACCGAACUUUUGAUCCGCAAACUGCCCUUCCAACGUCUCGUCAGGGAGAUCGCCCAGGACUUCAAGACCGACUUGCGUUUCCAGAGUUCCGCCGUGAUGGCUCUCCAGGAAGCUAGCGAAGCUUACCUCGUCGGUCUCUUCGAAGAUACCAACUUGUGCGCCAUCCACGCCAAACGCGUCACCAUCAUGCCCAAAGACAUCCAGCUGGCGAGACGCAUUCGCGGAGAAAGAGCUUAAAAAAAAAAAUCGACCGACCAUCAAUCACACCGUCAUCU